AUGACCAACCCAUUAUCCACUCUCCAAUCCACUCCACUCCCCGUCUCCCCUGUCUCCGGUCUCCCAACUCUUACUCUCCCCAGCGGCCAGUCCCCAGUCCCCACCGAUUUCUUCCCAAACAGUAGCGGCGCAGGCGGCAAGCACGAAGGUGCCAGUGACUACUAUGUACUGAGCUCAGUAACUCACUGCUGCAGUGCUGCUGGAAGUUCCUGGAGGCUGGAAGGCUGGAAUUUAGAAUCAUGGAGAAAUAUUUUAAACGAAAAUUCGAAUGUUCAAGUGGAGAGCAAAUUAAUUCUGAAACGAGUGUUCAAAAAAACAAAAAAUGGCCAAGAAGAAAUAGAAUCAAAUACCGGGAGUCAAAGAGAUGUUUGGGAUAAAAUUGAUUUAGCAGAAUUACCUUCAGAUCUUGGAUUAAGAACUCCAAUUGCGAAUAACAAUGUUAAUAAAGAAUUUGAAGAUUCGUCGUUAAGGCGAUUUAAAACUUCGUGGUUUAAUGACUUUCCUGAUUGGUUGGAAUACAUUAUAGCAAAAGAUGCCAUAUUUUGCUUUUAUUGUUAUCUUUUCAAACCAAAUAGUGAAGAACAUGGUGGUGGUGAUUCUUUUAUCGAUGGAGGAUUCUCAAAUUGGAAAAAGAAAGAAAGGCUUCAAAGUGGUAGUGCACACAAUCGAGCUCAGAUUAAGUAUGAGGCUUUUGUGAAUCAGAAACAAAAUAUUGAUUGUGUUCUCUUUAAGAAGUCAAAAAAAACAAAAGAUGAGUAUCGAAUUCAUUUGAAUGCGUCAAUUAAUUGUGUUCGAUUGCUUCUACGACAAGGGCUUUCAUUUCGUGGACAUGAUGAAUCAGAAAAUUCAAGAAAUCAAGGAAAUUUUCUUGAAUUUUUGCAGUGGUUAUGUGAUCAUAAUAAAGAGAUUAAGGAUGUUUGUUUGAGUAAUGCUCCCGAAAACCUUCAGUUAACAUCACCUAAAAUUCAAAAGGACAUUGUGAGUGCUAUUGCAUUUGAAACACUUGACGUUAUUAUGAGGGAUAUUGGUGAUAGGUUAUUUUUCAUUCUUGUUGAUGAAUCUCGUGAUGUAUCAGUGAAGGAGCAAAUGUUCGUUGUUCUACGUUAUGUGAAUCAAAAAGGACAAGUAACAGAACAUUUUAUUGGAGUAGAACAUGUCUCUAGUACCACAGCUCUUUCACUUAAGAAUUCUAUUGAUCACUUAUUCUCUCGAUUGAACUUAAGUAUAUCUAGUUUAAGAGGUCAAGGUUAUGAUGGGGCAAGAAACAUGCGAGGUGAGUACAAUGGUCUUAAAGCACUUAUUUUGAAAGAGAAUCCAAGUGCUUUUUAUAUACACUGUUUUGUGUUGUUUCUAGAGUUUGACGUUACUCCUUCGAAACUAAUCCGACAGAAUCAUCUGAAUGCAAAGAAUUUAUCAACAAGAUGUAAACAGUAA